AAAAAUAGUCCCCGACUUAUUGAAAGUUUAAGAUAUCAACCAGCUAAAAUGUCUGAGCUAGAAUCUCAGCUGUCGAAAAUUGAUUUAAAUGAAUCAAUUAUUGGUGAACAAGUGACACCAGUGCCUGCUGAGUCCCAUGUUGAAUUACCUGACGACCCAGCUAUUUUUGAUGGUCCAGAUCAGAUUCUGGUAUCUGAUGCAAUUGUAACAACACAUGCUGAUGGACCAGUUAAAUUGAUUCAUGAGCCAUAUGAGGCUCUUUCUAUACCUGGUUUGUUGUCAAAAAUGGCAACCAAAUAUCCUCAUCAUCCAGCCUUGGUAUCAAGACCUGAUCAAAAUGGUCAUCGAAAGAUAUACAACUAUCAAGAUUACGAGACUGAUGUUAGAAGUGUGGCCAAAGCUUUCCUAUAUUUAGGAUUAGAACGUCACCAGAGUGUUGCCAUUUUGGGUUUUAAUUCACCUGAAUGGUUUAUCUGUGACUUGGCUGCAAUAUAUGCUGGGGGAAUUGCUACUGGUAUAUACACGACAAAUUCAGUUGAUGCUUGUCAAUAUUGUGCUGAGUACAGCAAGGCCAAUAUUAUUGUUGUCGAUGAUGAUAAACAACUUGAGAAAAUUCUCAAAAUCAAAGGCAAUUUGCCAAAUUUGAAGGCAAUUAUCCAGUAUGAAGGAACACCAGAUAAAGAGGGUGUACUCAGUUGGGCAGAGGUCCUAGAGAUAGGCCGAACUAAGUUAGACACAAAACUUGAUGCUGUGUUGAAAACAAUUGCUGUUAAUGAGUGUUGCACCAUUGUCUUUACAUCUGGAACUGUCGGAAAUCCUAAAGCUGUGAUGUUGAGCCAUGAUAAUUUUAUUUCAACAGCUCAUAUCAGUAAAGAGACACAUCAAUUUAAAGAGGGAUAUGAAGUACUUGUAUCUUAUUUACCAUUGUCUCACGUUGCUGCUCAGAUGGCUGACUUAAUAAUGAGUCUAACAGUCGCAGCCACUGUGCAUUUCGCUGAUAAAAAUGCAUUGAAAGGAAGCUUAAUUGACACAUUAGUCUUUGUCAAACCAACAACAUUUUUGGGUGUUCCAAGAGUCUGGGAAAAAUUUUAUGAAAAUUUCAUAAUACUCUCUGAAAAAAAUAAUAUGUUUAAAACGUAUAUGCUUCAAUGGGCUAAAGUAAAAGGACUAACUUACAGUGUCAACAAAAUGAAUGGAGUUGAUUCAAAACCAUGGGGUUAUUCUGUUGCAAAGUAUUUGUUAUUUGAUAAAAUUAAAGAAAAACUUGGUCUUGAUAAAUGCAAGUUAUUUUUAACUGGUGCUGCACCAUUGAGAGAUGAGAUUAAAAAAUAUUUUAUGAGCAUUGAUAUUGUACUUGUUGACUUGUAUGGAAUGUCAGAGUGCACUGGUGCUCAUGUAUUCUCAACCAAUGAGCAAUUUAAAUUGGGAAGUAUUGGAAAAGUACCAAAUGAAUUUGAGAUUAAACUUGACAGCCCUGAUGCUCUUGGUGAGGGGGAAAUUUUAAUUAGAGGACCCCAUGUAUUUAUGGGGUACUUGAAUGAUCCUGAAAAAACUAAAGAAGCAAUUGAUGAUGAACGCUGGUUGCACACCGGUGAUCUUGGCAAAAUUGAUGACGAUGGAUUUGUUUAUAUAACAGGUAGAAUAAAAGAGCUCAUUAUCACAAGUGGUGGAGAGAAUAUUCCUCCUCUUAAAAUUGAGCAACAGUUGCUCAAAGAAUUGCCAGCACUCAGCAAUGCCAUGUUGAUUGGUGAUGAUAAAAAAUUCUUGACUGUUUUUCUUACGUUCAAGACAGAGGCAAAUAGUCGUGGGGAACCACUUGAUGAUUUAACUUAUUCAACAAAGUUAUGGACCAAGUCCAUUGGAAGUAAAGCUGCAUCAGUCUCUGAAAUCAUUACUACAAAGGAUCCAGCUGUUUACGUGGAAAUUGAGAAGGCUAUUGAAAGAGUUAAUGCUUGUGCAAUCAGUAAUGCACAAAAAAUUCAAAAAUUCAAAGUAUUACCAUUUGAUUUUUCCAUUGCAACUGGAGAAUUGGGGCCUACUUUGAAAUUGAAAAGAAGAAUUGUUGUUGAUAAGUACAAGUAUCUUAUUGAUGAAAUGUACCGGGCUACCAGUGAAGAAGUUUAG